CCAGACGAUUGAUAAUUAAGGUAUUCAGAGAUGGGAUGGCCACCACAUGAAAGCGUCCAUGAAGGAUGCGAUGCAUUCAACGCGUCGCAUCUCACCACUACAAACACAGCAACAAAUCGGGGAUUACUACAUACAAACACGCAGGCCGUCACCUCAGCACACAGGCAGGAAAACCCCUCCCAUAUAUCCAUCUCUCUAUCUGCGCGUCUAUCCAGCUGUCUAUGAGAAGAGUGAUCGCCUGUAGUAGAGGAGGGCAGCGAGUAUGGCGGCCACGGCCAUCGCACACAGCGAUAUCGGAUGGAAUGCCGCCGCGAUGACGACCCUUGCGCCGCCCUGCCAGUCGAAGGGCACUCGGCCCACUAUCGUGUCGUUGAGGAGGAAGCCCAAACGCUUCUCCUCGCACAGGUCGGCCAGCAGCUCAGGGGAGUAGUUCGCUGCCAGUUCGUCGAUGCGCGCCUUGAGGGUGACCUUGAGGGCAUCGGGGUCGCUGGGGAAGGUGAAAAUCGACGUGCCCUCGCCCGUGGGCGGCAAGCCCAUCGUCUUGACCAGCAUCCUCUUCAACACUGAGCCCCUGAACGAGUCAGUGAAUGACACAUACAGAUACAGGCGGUGAGAGGCAAGUGUUCCGCCACGAGCAUACCCAGCCAUGAGCGCCAGAUACAUGCUGUGAGCUGAGAAACACACACACAGACAACAGGCCAGCAAGCGAUUGAUUAAGGCGUCCAGUGCUGGCAUGUGUAUGAGCGCACGGUGACUCACCGUAUGGAAUGAGGAAUGCGGGGUUCUCGGCUGUCUUGUCCUUGAUCCUCUCGACGUAGUACUUGACGGCGCGCCGCUCAGCCCCCUCCUUGACCACUUUCUCCACCCGUCCUUUGUCGCCAUUGUAGAAGUAGGCUAUGUCAUCCAGAAAGGCCUGCACACGAGCACACAACGUCAGUCAACUGCGUGCCGGGCCAGUCAGUCGUGGAGUCUUCGCCCACCUGCUUGCGGAAGAGGUCUGGGAUGUUGAGUGCCUCUCCCUCCUUGACGUUCUUCGCCGCCAGCUUGGCGAUGAGGUCCUCUAUCGUCGCGUACACGUGAUAGAAGUCAGCAACCAGCGACGCCCAUAUCGUGCGGCUUCCGAAUGCCGUCGCCGCUCUGACCGAAAUGAACCUGUUGCGCACACAGAUAUACGUCGUUUGCAGUUCUUCGAGCUGUUCACGUGCGGAGGAGAGGUCACGCUCUUUGUGAGUGUUUUUCCGUACUUGUCACUUCGAUCGUGUGAUCCCUUGCUCUCCUCGCUGAGACGCUGGCAGAAAGACGGCGGCUUUUCCAUGCUUCUCUGAAC